CGAGACAGAGCUCAGCAGGUAUUCUGUUUGGUUUUCGCACUAAUAACUGCCUGUGACGAGACGAGUAUGUGAACGUAAUCGUGCUCGAGUGAAAUUAUUGUUUUUAAUGUUAGAAGCGGUCCAAAACGGACUUUAGACGUCAAAAUGAGUUGCAGGACGGAAGUUUGGAACAUUUUAUAUCUUCCAGACGAAAUUUUAAUGAAAAUUAUUUCAAGCUUAAAUAUCCGAGAGAGGUUGCCUCUGGCAUAUUCCUGUAGGAGACUUCAUACACUUGUGUUGAAUGACAAACGGGCGUUGAGGAAUUUAGACUUCUCCAAAGAUGGAUAUCUCACAACAGAAUCAGAUGUGAACUCAUAUGUCUUCGACAAACAGAUAUGUCAACAUAUACGGCGCUUGAAUGUUGCAGGCAUGUACUGUCCAGAGCCAGAGGAGAUAUUGAACAGUAUCUCCGAGGCAAAAAAUCUCAUCGAACUCGACAUGUCAACUGUUCAAUUUCAAGAUUGCAAGCAAUUUUUCAAUCUGUUGCACUCUUUAGAGAGGCUGAAAAAAUUAUCUAUCAUUUGGCCGACUGAAUGUAAAAACGAAAUACUGUGUCACGUAAUAUUGGUAGAAUCAUUAAGAACUCUUACCCACUUGUCCAUAAGAUUGUGCAAUGUAAAUGACAAGUGGCACCUCAUCAGGUCGUUCAACGGAAUAAUUCAUUUGGAAGAACUCCGUUUGGUGCAGACAUACUUUACUUUAGACUCUGAAUGUCGAUGUAUUUGGCUAAGAAUACCAAAAACCAUGCACAAACUCCGAUUAAUAGCAUGUAUUGGAUGUGAUACGGAUUAUCUCGAACAAAUCAUCUUAGAUAUGGUGCCAAACCCUGAACGAUGGAUCAGAAUUAGUAAAGGUGAUUUCGGAAACACGCGUUACUUUCACUACGAAAAUGACAUUAAAAUUUCUAAGUACCUAAGCGAGAACAUUAUUCACCCUGCUUCUGCUUGGGAAACUGUGCGAACGAUGUCGAAAGUUGAAAAGUGCAUAAGUUUUGAAACCAUACUGGAGGAAUUGAUGAGGAUUUCCAAACAUAAAAUCUUGAACAGGAACUGCUUUCUGUCUAAAAAUAACGGUCCAGAUCAGUUCUUGCCAAGAAUUCAGGAUGUAAAGCUCUUGCUUGAAAAUCCAAGCCAACCAAUUUAUUACAUGAACGUGAACCAGAGCAUAGAGCAGAAUUCCCAGCUGUAUUUGGUAUUAUUAAUGUUUCCAAGUUUGACGGAACUUGUUUUGUCCAACAUAAUAAUAAGUAAUCGUAUGAAGCGAAAAUAUAAAGAUUCUGAGGACGAGGAUUUAGAACCAGAAACUUCAUGUUUCCAUGCAAUAGUGGAAAAUACUCCAAAUGUAAAAGCAUUGACGAUAAAUGCUGGAAUACUAGAGGACGCACAAUUGUGGGAUCUGGCCGCGCUUCGCAUGAUCGCAGGUUGGAGACACCUUACAAGUUUGCACCUGGUGAAAAUCCCGAUCAAAAAUGGUCAUUUCCUCGUGGAAAUAGCCGCACAGUGUAAAAAUUUAGAGAAAUUAAGGCUAGUAAAUUUGGGGCCGCAACCAACCUGCUGUUACACAAAAGAGUUGAUGCAAAUGCUGACAUUUUGCCACAACUUGAAAGACUUCUCGAUUGAACAGAGCAACUUGUGUCAAAUACCUCGUUUAUUCGAAACUCUCUCCAAAAAUCUCAAGCUCAGAAGAGUUUGUCUCAAAAGCUUGGGCAGAUCAAGAAAGUCACCAAACUUGAUACCUUUCAUUGAAAAGUUAAUAAGAUGUCGUGAACUGGUAUUGUUUGUGUGCCAAUAUAAAGGGUUGGCUGAUGAUGCUUGUGAUGAAUUGAAAUCGACUUUACAGAGUUUGAAGGUUGAAUUAAGUCGCCCGAGUUUCCAGUUUGAUGUCAUUAAAUGCAGCAGUCCUGGCAAAAAUCACGUUCUCAACUUUGAUCUUCAUCACUGUCACAAAGAUUUACUACUUCCGUUCACCUAUGUCGACUCGCUAUACCGCCUAAAUAGUUGAAGGAAUUCUUAAUUAUAUAUCUUUAUUAUUAUUUGUCAUUAGUUGUCAGGAAAAAAAUGUACCAAUCAUUUUUGGAUGUUGUAUAGUAAAUGAGAGGUACUUAUCAAUUUAUUUAAUGCCAAAAUAACAUCUUAACUUUAUAUCCAUUUCAUAACUGUGUUUUUUUCCGUUAUCUUAAAAUUUUCUCUAUUCUUUUUUUUCUUUCUAAUUGCAAAAAUCAUGAUCAAUUUCUUUGUUAAUCUACAAGAAAGGCUUCUUUACAUUUCUCAGAAGUUACCUAGCGUAUCGGAUUUAAACCUGUUGACUUUGAAAUGAAAAUAUUGACUCAGAGUGCCUUUAUUUAAGUGAAAAAAUACUUAUUCGACGGUUUUGAGAUAUUUUGGGCAUG